UUAUUUAUGUGGCUUGUGACAGAGUUCGCGGUGUACGAGUUGAUCGCUUUUAAUAAGUGUCUGCGAUUCAUUUUGAGAGAGAUGAUUGAUCUAGGAGAAAUGUACUGUCUCGCGGUAUAAUGCGGCUCCUCACUGCAUAUAAUUUGUGAGAUAUUCACGUGCAUUUGUAAAAAAAAAAACAUUUGUAUAACGUGCCAGACCUCGAUCGUCGCGGUGGAAUACGAUUCUUCCGAGUGAUCAGAAUAAGAUGGAUCGUCGCCAAAAGAUGGUCGUGAUUUCUCAACAGCCAAAAAUCAAAAUUGAAGAAGAGGAUGACGACGAUGUGGAAAAACUGAGACUGGCUGCCCUCAAGACAAUGGGAAUGGGAACAAAGAAAGACACCUCACAAAAAAAAUUGGUAGUAUUACAAAUGCAGAAAGUUUUACCGCAAACUACUCAUUCUUGUUUUCCUCGAUAUAAAAAUCAACGGCCUACAAAGAAAAAUAUGUAUUACAAUAGGGCACAACAAAGACAAAAUGGCAAUGUUUAUUAUCCAAGUCCUCGUAAUCCAAACUUGAUAGCAAUAGUACCAGUAGAUGAGCCUUCUCCGCUUCAACAGGCCCAACCAAUGUAUCCUAUUGAACAGGCUGAAUCUUAUCCUCAGGAUCAAGAAACAUCCAAAUUCUGUCGUUUCAAAGACAAUGGAAGUGCUUCCGAAGAGGAAGAUACAAAAGAAGCAAAAACUAUUAUAACCUCUUCGAAAACAGAAUCAUCUGUAGCAGAUGAAAAACAGCAAGAAUUUUUAGAACAAAUAAGGCAGGAAGAAUCUACGGAAAAUCUGCAAAAAAAUGGAGAUGAUCAAAAGGAAGAAGACUCUAACAACGACGAUGAUGACGAUGAUAUAAUUUUAAUGGCUGAUCUCGAGGAGGAGGACAGUUUAGAACGUUUAAUGGACGAGAUGGAGAAAGAAAUGAACGAUGGAAAUAAGUCAUCAGAAAAAAGAGAGAAGAAAUUGAGUAAAAAUGAAAACAAAGAGACAAUAAAAAGCGACGAAGGAAACAAAAUUCUCGAUCAAAGGACUACGAGAUCAGAUGAAAGCUUGGUCAAAAAAGAGAGAAAUAAUACGAGUAUUUCCUCGCUUUUAAUCACAAGUGGCAAGAACGACAGGAGAUCAAUUUCUCCGCAUGUAACAAACCGAGGUGGUCAAAAACGCAAGUCUUUAUCACCAAGAUCACGAUCACGAAAGAAAUCACCGAGAAGAUCGCCCAGGAGAUCCCCCAUAAGGCAGCAAAAGAAAUCACCGCGGGAAUCGACGAGAUAUAGAUCAUCACCUCGAAGAUCGCCGUUAUCGCGAUAUUCACCCAGACCUAGAUUAUCACCUAGGCCUUCGCCACGUCGAUCUCCGAACAGAACGAAGAAAUCACCACUCAGAAAGUUGUCACCGAGAGGUAGAUCGCCUAGGUUUUUGUCGCGUUCCAGAUCGCCCCGGUUGCACAGAUCGCGGUCGCCGAGACGAUCAAAAUCACCGAGGUCGUGCUCGCCCAAGAUAUCGCGCUCUAGAUCGCCAUCACUCAGGUACUCUCCACUCAGAUCGUCCAAAUCCAAGUCUCCCAGACCGUCUCCGAGAAGACUGUCACCUCGUCGAUUGCGAUCUAGAUCUAGAUCUCUCGGUUCGUCUCCUCGAAGAGACGUGUCCCGCUUGCGAUCGCCGAAAGGAUCGCCGCGUAGAACACCGCCACGCGGGAGAUCACCGCACAGAUCACCAUGGUCGUCACCAAAACGCUCGCCUUCUCGUCUUUCGCCUCGACGGAGACGAUCUCCGAGAUGGUCGCCUAAAGAAUUGCCCAGAAAGCAAGGUUCAAGUUCCGUCAAUCUGGACAAUCGAGACGGACAUGCGAGAGACUCGUCUCCUGCUUUUAAAGACACAGCGCCGCUAGAAAUCUCCAGAGUGAAGACAAAGCAGAAGGAUGAGGUAUACGAAAGACCGUCGACGACGACGACGACGACGACAACGACGACGAUGACGACGACGACAUCAACAACAACAACAACAACAAUAACAACAACAAUAACAACAACAACACCAACAACAACGGCGACGACGACGACGGAAAUAGCAAAGGAAUCCGUUGACGCGAUCAAUGAUCCUGUGCGAGAGGCAAGAAAAAAAAAGUUUGAAUCUACACGGCCUAUCGACCUUAUACAUGCUAACAAAAAGAUUAAACUCUCCAAGAAAGUUGUCACGAAUACAAAAGCGGAGUCUUCUCUCGAAACAGAAGUUCAAUUAAGUGGAGUGAGAAAAGCUGGCAGCAAAUCUCUGGAGGAAUAUGACGUAAAGGAAACAAAUGUAUUCUCAGAGAAUGCUUACGAAUUCGAGGAGUUUGAGGGAGCGGAAAACACAUCGCCGAGUGCUGUUAAUACACGCAUAGACAUAGAGCCAAAAAAACCUAUGGAAAAGGAAAAGAAAAAGAGAAAACACGACAAAGAAUUAUAUCAAGUUGGAAAAUUGAAAAACGAGCUACCUCUUUCCGAACGUAUUGGAAAAGAUAAAAAGUGUAAGAAACGUAAGGAAAUGGUGUCCGAGGAGAAUAUGGAAGUAUUCGAAGACAUAGCGGUGGAGGAAGAAGGAGACUUACGAGCGGAGCUUAGCAGAAGACGUGCAGAGAGAUUGAAUAGAACAGUGCCGAUGCAAUCCGCUAGAUUAUUGCAGUCGGCUUUCAAAGGCGUCGUUAAUGAAGUUGUAAAAAAUAACGCAAAAGCUAAUCAGAGACAUGUCAUAAACACUGAUGACAAAUCUAAUCAAAAAGAAGUCAGACGGGUUACCGUAUUGCAUCGAUCACUUCCCGAAUUACACGAUUCUGGUGAUGAAAGCACUGUUGACUCAAAGGUACCUGUGCGCUUCAGACUGGGUCUCAAUAAACAAGAAUCCAGAGAGUCCAAGGUCACUCGUAAACCAUCCAAAAGACAGGGUCGUAAGGUAAAACACAAAAAUCAUUUGUCUCUAAAAGAUCCUGAACGCAUUUUGUAAGCAAUGAAUUUUAUGUUUUUACAAUUACUUUAUAAGUAGCAUAUGAUAAUUUUUGCCCGACUCUCUCGAUUUGAUCGUUAUCUUACGAUAUUGCCAAGUACACGAAAGAUAUUUUCAAAUAUUAUUCGUACUUUUAUCAACUACUUUUAUCGAGCGCAAAACAAAACCAAGAAAAAUAGUAAACAAUCUUCGAUCUAUAUCGUUCUAUAUGUUAUUCUAUAAUUCAUACUUUUGUGACUUGAUGGUGCAAUUUGAUGCAAUUGAACAAUCGAUCGAUCCCUUUUUAUUAUCGUACUCUGUUUAUACAUAACGAUUGUUUAUUCGUGACAAAAUAUCACGCAGUUCCCUAAAACUUACGUUUAUAAUAGAUAUAAAGUUUUUCAUUGAAAGUUAUGCACGAGUAAGAUAUCGUGAAAAUAAUUUACCUACAGAGAGGAAUGAUAUAAACUUGUGUAUAAACGAUAUGAAACAAUAGUCUGUGCCUUUCGCUAAUACAAGAACGUUAUAUAAAUACAGUAUAUAGGAAUGUAACUUGUAAUAAAUUGUAGCGAGGAAAUAGAGAAUAUGUCUUUUUGUGAAAUCGAUAUAUGAAUUUUGAUAUAUCGGUACUAAAGAUUCAAAAAAAAAAAAAACCAUUAAUAAUGCAGAAUAUGUCACGAAAUAUUUUCUUGGUCGCCGUUCACCACCGCGUAAUUCUGAAGAAUUCGGUCCAGUAGAAAAUAAAGGUGAUCUCUUUUUUUUGUUUAGGAAUAAAAAAAAAUCCGCGUUCAUCCAAUUGCAUAUUUGUACGAAGAGAGAAUAGCGAUUCAUCUUGUACCGCUCGUUAUCUUAUCAACACGUAAGGAAGAUGCGCACGUUAAAUAGUUAUUGUCGUUUGUUAAACACAUAAGACACACUUCUUUUUUUUUGAGAUAUAAAAAGUACAAUAACUUUAAUAAUAUUAGAGAAUAGCAUAUUCAAAUUUCAAUUUAUUUUGCGAAAUAAAAUGUAAACUCAAUUAAUUAUCGUUAAGAUCGUCAUUUAGGAAAACUUUAAACUAGGUGUGAUUAUAUUAGAUUACUUGUUGUGUUGAAGAAUAUGUGUAUAAGUUACUUUGAUCGCUCACUUUAAUAAACAAAAAUCAUUACUAA